AUGAUGGCAAUGAAGCUUUUUGUUGGUAUAUGUUUUGGGUUUUUGAUUUGCACAACUGACAUUGCUCGUGGUAGAAAGCUUGUUGGAAAGGAAAAUUUACCACUUGCAUAUGGCGAGGGUACAAGUAAGAUUGGUUGUUCCUUGGGAGACAUGACAUGUGGAGGAGAACAUGAGUAUAAUAGAAAAGAAUCUAUCAAGGAAAAUAUUGGAGAAAUGUUCGGGGCAGGUGUUGGAAUAAGCAACGCCGGUGAUAAUGGAGAAAGAACUAAGAAUAUACAAGCAGGAAGAUGUAUGAAUGGUGAAGUUGGUUGUAAUGAUCUUAACGGACAAAACGGAAACUACGGAAACUACGGGAACAAAAUCUACGUCAAAAACAAAAGCUAUGCCAACAAAAAUGACUACUUAAACAUUGAAAAAAACUCUGUUGUCUCUAAUAACAGAAAUAACCUAAACAACAACGGUAGCCGCAACAAUAUUGGAAACAAAAGUGGCAGCAACAAUGGUGGCCUCAACGGAAAUGUUUCACAAAACGGGAACGAAACCGUUAACGGUAAUGGUAGUGGUAAUAACAAUAGCGUUGGAAUUGGAGAUGGGAGCGGAAAUGGUAACAACGCCUUCAACUACAGGGAAGAAUCUCCUAGAAAUCAUGGCUCAAAGUGA